CCACUUCAUUCACUUGCAAAUCAGUGUGUGCCCACAAGAGCCAGCUCUCCCGAGCCGAGCCGUAACCUUCCCAUCCCGCGAGCUGCAGUUCCAGCCACGGCAGCGAGAACCGCAGAGUGGGGAGCGCGGCGGCGGCGCGAGCAGCCUGGGCGGGUCGCGGGGUCUCCGGGCGCCGGAAGGCGAGCAGAGAUAGCCUCUGAGAGGCACACAAAGAACGUUCAGGAAGAAAGGAGGAAUGACGCUGAAUACAGUGCAGUGAACAAAAGGAGCUUCAAGGAGAGGCGCCCCGCUGCCCAGAGCCUGGACCGUGUCGUCAGAAUGAGAACUUACCGGUACUUCUUGCUACUCUUUUGGGUUGGUCAGCCCUACCCAACUUUCUCAACUCCGUUAUCUAAGAGGACUAGUGGUUUCCCAGCAAAGAAAAGGGCCCUGGAGCUCUCUGGAAACAGCAGGCAUGAGCUGAACCGUUCGAAAAGGAGCUGGAUGUGGAAUCAGUUCUUUCUCCUGGAGGAAUACACGGGAUCCGGUAAUCAGUAUGUGGGCAAGUUACAUUCAGACCAGGAUAAAGGAGAUGGAUCACUUAAAUAUAUCCUUUCAGGAGAUGGAGCAGGAGAUCUCUUCAUUAUCAAUGAAAACACAGGGGAUAUACAAGCCACCAGAAGGUUAGACAGGGAAGAAAAACCUACUUACAUCCUUCGAGCUCAAGCUGUAAACAAAAAGACAGGGAUUCCUGUAGAGCCCGAGUCUGAAUUCGUCAUCAAGAUCCAUGAUAUCAACGACAACGAACCAAUCUUCACCAAGGAGGUCUACACAGCCACCGUUCCAGAAAUGUCUGACGUGGGCACAGUUGUUGUCCAAGUCACUGCCACCGAUGCUGAUGACCCAACGUAUGGGAACAGUGCUAAAGUUGUCUACAGCAUCCUGCAGGGGCAGCCCUAUUUCUCAGUUGAAUCAGAAACAGGUAUCAUCAAGACAGCUUUGUUCAACAUGGAUCGAGAAAACAAGGAGCAGUACCAAGUGGUGAUUCAAGCCAAGGACAUGGCCGGCCAGAUGGGGGGAUUAUCUGGGACCACCACAGUGAACAUCACACUGACCGAUGUCAACGACAAUCCUCCCCGGUUUCCCCAGAGUACAUACCAGUUUACCACCCCUGAGUCUUCUCCACCGGGUACAUCAAUUGGCAGGAUCAAAGCCACCGACGCCGACGUGGGAGAAAAUGCUGCGAUUCAGUACAGCAUUACCGAGGGGGAGGGGCUGGACAUGUUUGAUGUCAUCACUGACCAGGACACCCAGGAAGGGAUUAUCACUGUCAAAAAGCUGCUAGACUUUGAAAAGAAGAAAGUGUACACCCUCAAAGUGGAAGCCUCCAACCCGCACGUUGAACCCCGCUUUCUCUACCUGGGUCCAUUCAAAGACUCAGCCACGGUGAGAAUUAUGGUGGAAGAUGUAGAUGAGCCGCCCGUCUUCAGCAAACUAGCCUACACCUUGCAAAUAAGAGAAGACGCUCAGAUAAACACGGCAAUAGGCUCGGUCACAGCCCAAGACCCAGAUGCUGCCCGGAACCCUGUCAGGUAUUCUGUCGAUCGACACACAGAUCUGGACAGAAUAUUCAACAUUCAUUCUGGAAAUGGUUCCGUUUUUACAUCGAAACUUCUUGACCGAGAAACAUUGCUGUGGCACAACAUUACAGUGAUAGCAACGGAGAUCAAUAAUCCAAAGCAGAGCAGCCGAGUACCUCUCUAUAUUAAAGUUCUAGAUGUCAAUGACAACGCCCCAGAAUUUGCUGAAUUCUAUGAAACCUUUGUCUGUGAAAAGGCAAAAGCAGAUCAGUUGAUUCAGACCCUCCGAGCUGUUGACAAGGAUGACCCUCAGAGCGGACACCAAUUCUCCUUCUAUUUGGCCCCGGAAGCAGCCAGUGGCUCCAACUUUACCAUCCAUGACAACAAAGACAACACAGCGGGAAUCUUAACACGGAAAAAUGGCUACAAUAGACACGAGAUGAGCACCUAUCUCCUGCCUGUGGUCAUUUCAGACAACGACCACCCAGUGCAAAGCAGCACGGGGACAGUGACUGUCCGGGUCUGUGCAUGUGACCACCAUGGGAACAUGCAGUCCUGCCACGCAGAGGCCCUCGUCCACCCCACAGGCCUGAGCACGGGGGCUCUGGUGGCCAUCCUGCUAUGCAUCGUGAUCCUACUAGUGACCGUGGCGCUGUUCGCAGCUCUGCGGCGGCAGCGGAAAAAGGAGCCUCUGAUCAUUUCCAAAGAGGACAUCAGAGACAAUGUUGUCAGUUACAACGACGAGGGGGGCGGCGAGGAGGACACCCAGGCCUUCGAUAUCGGCACCCUGCGGAACCCCGAGGCCAUCGAGGACAACAAAUUGCGCCGGGACAUUGUGCCCGAAGCCCUUUUCCUACCCCGACGGACUCCGGCCGCCCGAGACAACACCGACGUCCGCGAUUUCAUUAACCAAAGGUUGAAGGAAAACGACACGGACGCCACGGCCCCGCCCUACGACUCCCUGGCCACCUACGCCUACGAGGGCACCGGCUCGGUGGCCGACUCCCUGAGCUCGCUGGAGUCGGUGACCACGGAGGGAGACCAGGACUACGAUUACCUUAGUGACUGGGGCCCUCGCUUCAAAAAGCUCGCAGACCUGUACGGAGGGGCCGACAGCGACAAGGACUCCUAAUCCGUUGCCUUUUCCAUGGGACGGUAGGAUGCUGAACUGUGUGGCCUGGCUGUUUCUUCCCAGGGACCCGCCGCUCCCCGGAGGGUGCCCUGUCCCGCCCGGUUCAACAAGUCGAUGGCUGCAGGCGUGUGGCUCCGACGGCAGAGACCCUUUUCUAGUACACUUUUAUGAGCUUCCAAGAGGCAAAUGUUUAUUUUUUAGUGCAUCCAGUUAACCACGUCGGCCCCGCAGGCACCGUGCUGGAGGAGAGGAUGGAGAGCAGGACGUGCCCCCGCAUCCCCUGGGGGAAGUUUGGACCAUGUUCAUCCCACCGGCCUGGCCUUUCGUACUCCACCCGUCGACUCAGGUCAGCUGACUGCUCUGACUCCACCUUUCGAUGCUAAUGGGAUGAAGGACUGUUCUUUAAGGAUAAAAUAUAGUUUUAGUAAAAGAAAUAAGGGAGGAACGACCGUGAAAUUGUUCCCAUAUAUCAGCUCACAAGGAGACAACGAACUAUAUGUGUAUGGGUGUGUAUUUCUGUCGCAAUGAAUUUAAGAUGACAUUUGCCCAUCCUGUUUGUUCUUCAAGAACUUUUUCUGACACCUGUGACUAUUCUAAGCAUGAUAUCCACCAAUGUUUUGAGAUUCUCAUUCCUCUGAAGGAAUAGGAGCAAAUUAAAUAGCGACAUUCAAAAACAACCAAAAAAAUAAAAAUAAAUAAGACCUCAUUCCUUACCACUAACUCAUAAUUUGUUAUAUAUUAGCCAUGUAAAAGUUUGCCCUUGUACCAUAGAAGGGAAAAUUGAAAAUAGCUAAUAAUAUUAACAAAGGAGAUAUUUAGCAUAUUUUAAAAUCUGGGCCACCAAAUGUACCACAGAUCACUUGAAUUUUUUCCAACCGUCAGUAGGUUAAUUACAAGUAAGUCUAAUUGUUUAAAAAGUUCUUGAAGGAACUUUUCUGAGAUAAAUUUUAACUUCUUGUCUGUAGUUGUUGUCAGUAUUAUUCUAAUAUAUACUUGAAAGUAGCAGUGUGAGGUACAAUAAUUCAUGUUCUCCAGAUACGUCUUACUAAAUUAAGUUGCAUUAGUAAAGGUAGAUUAAAUAAAACUUAAAUCCCACUCUCAGAGUUUAAUGGGGUGGUAAGAGCUAGUCACACUUGAACCUGAUACCCUGUCUUUCAUAUCCGGAAACACCUAUAUAUUUAUAUAACGUGAUAGAUGUAGAUGAACGUUGAAAUCAUGGUGAAAACCUACAUAUGACAUGCUUGGAAGAUGCUUACAAAGGGAAAAGUUGGAUUCCCUACAACAAGAGUGUUUAAGAUUAUAAUUAAAAUGAUAGUUGGCUUUCAAAGGCAUUAAUAUUUUUUCAUUGUUUUUAACUUUAUUUCCAUGGCAACUCUGCUCUCUUUGUCUUUGAACAAUGAUAAAGUAAUGGUCUCAUAUGAUGACAGAAGAUAAUGUACAAUCCAUCCAAAUCUAUUAUUUCUCUAAUUAUGCAAUUAGCAUCAUAGUUAUUAUCCAGAAGACCUAACCGAACUGAACUAUUCCUUUUGGCAGGUUCAAAUCAUUUAUUUCAUGUGGCUGUUCUAAUGACUUUUAUCAUUAGAAUCUUCAUGGGAAGUCAUCAAAAAUUUCCAAAGUACUGUAAUAAAAACAUCCUUAUUUUGAAAACUUAAAAACAAAACAGGCUCUGUAU